AUGACGGGAAUGGGCUCUUCUUGUGGAGCAUGCAAGUUCUUGAGAAGAAGGUGCACAAUAGAAUGUGUGUUUGCUCCUUAUUUCGGUUACGAACAAGCAGCUAGUCAUUUUGAAGCAGUGCAUAGGGUGUUUGGAGCUAGCAACGUCUCCAAGUUAUUGCUAAAUCUUCCAGUUCAAAACCGCGCUGAAGCUGCUAUAACCAUAUCCUAUGAAGCCCUGGCCAGAAUGCAGGAUCCCAUAUAUGGUUGUGUUGCUCACAUCUUUGCGCUCGAACAGCAGGUGGCCUGCCUGAAAGAGGAGAUAGAAAUGAUUGAGACUCAAAUGGCUAGUCUAGCAGUGGAUGUCACGUCUAGCUGUGAAAGCUAUAAUGUCGCAGACUACUCAAAUCCUGAGAUAGCCUUUGGGUGUGAUCAGUACAUGAAUCUAGAGAAUUUCAUAAAUCAACAACAGAUGGAACUGGACCCAAUUACAUACACAGAAGUUAAAGCUUGUGAUGACAGCCAAAUGAUGGUACAGUUCCCUCCGGGAAAUGGAUGGGAGGAUGCUAUUUCCCAGCUCUCUUCUUCCAACUCGAACUUAUCAGAGCCACUCUUUCAGGAAUUUACGCAAACUAUUUACGAGCAAUGCCUAUGGCCAGAGUAUUGCAGCACCUUAAACUGA